AGUGGGAGACAAAGCUGGAGAAGGACAGGCUUAUGGAAAUCUUGGCAAUGCCUAUCGUAGCUUAGGCGAUUUUCAUAAGGCUAUCAGUUACCACGAGCGUCAUCUACAAAUUGCAAAAAGAAGUGGGAGACAAAGCUGGAGAAGGAGGGGCUUAUGGAAAUCUUGGCAAUGCCUAUGAUAGCUUAAGCGAUUUUCAUAAGGCUAUCAGUUACCACGAGCGUCAUCUACAAAUUGCAAAAGAAGUGGGAGACAAAGCUGGAGAAGGACGGGCUUAUGGAAAUCUUGGCAAUGCCUAUCAUAGCUUAGGCGAUUUUCAUAAGGCUAUCAGUUACCACGAGCGUCAUCUACAAAUUGCAAAAGAAGUGGGAGACAAAGCUGGAGAAGGACUGGCUUAUGGAAAUCUUGGCAAUGCCUAUCGGCAGUUAGGCGAUUUUCAUAAGGCUAUCAGUUACCACGAGUGUCAUCUACAAAUUGCAAAAGAAGUGGGAGACAAAGCUGGAGAAGGACGGGCUUAUGGAAAUCUUGGCAAUGCCUAUCAUAGCUUAGGCGAUUUUCAUAAGGCUAUCAGUUACCACGAGCGUCAUCUACAAAUUGAAAAAGAAGUGGGAGACAAAGCUGGAGAAGGACGGGCUUAUGGAAAUCUUGGCAAUGCCUAUCAUAGCUUAGGCGAUUUUCAUAAGGCUAUCGGUUACCACGAGCGUCGUCUACAAAUUGCAAAAGAAGUGGGAGACAAAGCUGGAGAAGGAGGGGCUUAUGGAAAUCUUGGCAAUGCCUAUCAUAGCUUAGGCGAUUUUCAUAAGGCUAUCGGUUACCACGAGCGUCGUCUACAAAUUGCAAAAAGAAGUGGGAGACAAAGCUGGAGAAGGAGGGGCUUAUGGAAAUCUUGGCAAUGCCUAUCGGCAGUUAGGCGAUUUUCAUAAGGCUAUUACCACGAGCGUCAUUACCAAACGAGCGUGAUCUACAAAAAUGCAAAAUUUUCAAAGGCUAUCAGUUACCACGAGCGUCGUCUACAAAUUGGGAGACAAAGCUGGAGAAGGACGGGCUUAUGGAAAUCUUGGCAAUGCCUAUCGGCAGUUAGGCGAUUUUCAUAAGGCUAUCAGUUACCACGAGCGUCGUCUACAAAUUGCAAAAGAAGUGGGAGACAAAGCUGGGGAAGGACGGGCUUAUGGAAAUCUUGGCAAUGCCUAUCGGAUGUUAGGCGAUUUUCAUAAGGCUAUCAGUUACCACGAGCGUCGUCUACAAAUUGCAAAAGAAGUGGGAGACAAAGCUGGAGAAGGACGGGCUUAUGGAAAUCUUGGCAAUGCCUAUCAGAUGUUAGGCGAUUUUCAUAAGGCUAUCAGUUACCACGAGCGUCAUCUACAAAAAGCAAAAGAAGUGGGGGAUAAAGCUGGAGAGAGACGGGCUUAUGGAAGUCUUGGUAAUGCCUUUCAUAGCUUAGGCAACUUUCGUAAGGCAAUCGAGUACCGUGAGCGUCAUCUACAAAUUGCAAAAGAAGUGGGGGACAAGCCUGGAGAAGGAGAGUCAUACGGUAAUCUUAUCUUAUACUCUUAAUCAAUGCAUAUCCGAGUUUUCGCGAUUUUCAUGACUCCAGCCUAAAAAUUGUCCUGGCAAAAUCAAAGGAUAAAAGUUUGCUUGAGUGUUACAUCUACAUUAUAAAUUUCAAAGUUGAAAAAUUCUCUUACCGCUCGACCUAGUCUGCCAAAGGAUUCCACCUCCAAUUUCUAGGAUUUUUCAAAGCCAUUUUAAAAUUUUAGAAUCCCAGAGUUUUGCGACAAAAGAGAAUUUUUGCCUCUGUAGUAAACUGAUUUCAGUUCAGCUACACGCUGUUCGUAGCUUUUGCGAUAAUUAAUCGACAAGUUUAUCACGGUCUUGCUUAUUUAAUUAAUUUUGUCCAGAUUUUACUUGAGACAAAUUUGUCGGCGAUGUGUUUUACGAUUUGUCGGCUUAGGCCAAAAUUUGUCAAAAUUUAGUGAUGACGAAAAAAUUCUGCGGGUAUCACCUCCCAAAGUGUGGAACAUUCAAUUGUAAAGCAUCCAAAUUCAGAAUCAUCGUCAUGCAGCCCUGUUGCAGCUCCUAGGAAGAAGAUUCACCAAUCUACAGGUAGUACCGAGAUUGAAAAUGUCGCGAUGGAUUUUCCUUUUUAAUUGUAUUUUUUUCAAGUUUGCAUGUUGUUGUCACGCGUUUAUGUAUGGUAAAAUUUGUUUAUGCAGAAAGACUGGCAUUAUAUUUCUUAGACAUCCUCUUUACCCACUUAUAUAAGAGAAUAAAAAAUAAUGAAUUAAAAGUGGAAUCUAUCAUUAAUCCAACACGUGUAUCUUGAACAACAUUAACCUAUUCCAGCAUUAACGGCUGGAGACUAUAGCUAAGAGACGUUAAUGACCUCCAUUUUCAAGAUGCUUGUCGGGCCAUACGCGAAAUAAGAGGUCAGAAAUAGAUAAAGAGUCUGGAAAACUUCCUAAGCGUUUUUAUUUUUUUUAUGUAUGGGUUGGGAAAAAAAAACGCUGCAAAUGUAUCCUCGCUCAAGCUUGACAAUCUUUAGGGCAGACGAUUCGGUAUUGAAUGAUACCAAAAGGUGAGAAGUCGCCUUUCGCCACAACUGUUCGCUAUUCGCCAAAGCCUUGAAGCAUCCCUUUUCUAGUUUUUUAUUCUCCUUCCGUUGUUAUCCUCAGGUAUCUAUUUGGUUAAAGAUGGUGAACCAUCAGAUGAGGAGUUGGAAUGCCUGUCCAGCGAACUUGCAGGAAAAUGGAAGACAUUAGGAAGACGCCUGGGAUUCAAUGAAGCUGCAAUAGAUGACUUUGAUCAAGCCAAUAAGGAGCUGGCAGAGAAGGCUUAUAAAAUGUUAAUGGCUUGGAAACAAAAAGGAGGCUGCGAAGCUACUUACAAAGUUUUGUACGAUACCUUGUGUCACAAAUUGGUGGAAUGUAAACGUCUAGCAGAGCAGUAUUGUUGCGAUGAGAUUGUAGGAAAUGACUCUCCUUAG